GUAUCCAAACACAGCUUGCGAGUUACUAACCUCUGAUGUGUCCCAGAUAAAUGACGCACUGGCUGGCAGUGAGGAACUUGUGAAAAAACUCUACGCUUUCCUAGAUACAGACAGUACGCUUAAUCCAUUACUUGCCAGUUUCUUCAGUAAAGUUAUGGGUCUUCUUAUAACCAGGAAAAGUGAAAUGAUAUUAGAAUUUCUACAAUCACGGGAAGAUUUUGUUGGUACACUUUUAAAACAUAUAGGGACCUCGGCCAUUAUGGAUUUACUUCUACGAUUGCUCACAUGUAUAGAAUCACCAGAAAUCAGACGUGCCAUGAUAGAGUGGUUGAAUGAACAGCAAAUUGUGCAGAAACUAGUCAACUGUAUUCAUAAAGAUUAUGAUGAAGAU